AUGGCUCCCACUUCAUUCGCUUCGGCAGCGGCAGCGGCAGCGGCAGGAAACACGGCCAAUGCAGCACGUGCAGAAUCGGGCGCCGACUGGCCUCGACGUAGCAACGGUGCCACGCAAACAUUCCGCCGACCCUCACACGCCACCACCCUGUCCGGAUCAACGAACCACUCAACCACACGAGAAGGGGCGCCGGCACAGACACAGGCACAGGCACAAAACUCGACUUGGGCAAUGAGCCAAGGCGUAUACGUCCCACCCCACGCGCAAACGGGCCGCAAUGGCAGCGGGUUUGAGGCGCGCUAUUCGCGCGAUCAACUGACGCAGCUGUUCAGGAUACAGCAGGAUUCUGGCCAACUCGCUCACGGCCUCGAGCAUGUCUACAUGGACAUGGCCACGGGCGCAUGGGGACGCAAAGACGAUGACGCGAAGGAGCUGCGCAGCGGGGUCGACCAGUGCUGGGACAGAGAGGGUGGCAUCUUGCCGCUCAGCCUGACGGAGAUGACCGACGACGAGAGAGAAGUAGGACCUAGCCCCCUUAUUCUUCGACAUGUCCACAUCUUCAUGUCGUCUGUCAACUCGCCGCUGAAGCCGCCCACGCAGAAUACAAUCAAGGACGGCACGGCCAAGGAGGGUCUUUCGUUGCGCAAGACGUCGGUAUCCCAGGGCCCGCCCACGCCCUAUGGCCUUUCAUCGCCAACGUCGGCGCGUCCGGGUGCUCGCCGUCGCGAUACCAGCGAUGCCUACCCCUUCCCCUCGUCCCCCGCCACCUCACGGUUUGCGCGAGAAGAGGGCAAUGCCGUGACGCCGCCGCCCGCUCUGGUACGUCGCCGGACUGAAAAGGAGCCUGUAGAGGGCCGUCCUGGCGACGAGCGCGACAAGGAAAAGGCCGCAGCCGAGAACCAAGGCGCCUUUGGCUCGUUGAAGCGCACCACGACGGCGCCCUUUACCACCACCGGCUUUGGCGCCUUUGGAAGCUUUGCAGCACCCAUGUCUGAAAAGAAGGCGGGUUACGGUAGCUUGCGUGGCGAGAGCCGCUUCAAGGGACUCAUGGCCAAAUCUAGUGUCGACGACUUUGGGACUCGUAGUCAGCCGAAAGAGAAGGCUUCAACCAAGUUAAGCGAUCCGGAACCACCAACGGGCAACGAGACACAUGCAUUCCCCGACGACCACGACCACGACCACGAUGACCACGACGACCACGACGACCACGCAACCGGCAGCGCUGCCCUGCGCGGCGAAGACGUUAGCCCGCCCCGCCCACAACAGGCCUUCGCCAAUUUCGCUACGCCCCACCGCCCAGACCACCGCGACGACUCUGCAUUAUCUUCUUUUGGAAUGACGGCCGACACCGGUCUUCGCGACAUGUACAGCAAGAAUAAUUUCACUGAUCAGUCGCCCUUCCGCCGAGGCCACGAACCCAUGAGCCCGACCGACACAAAUCCAUACCAGAGCCCGCACCAUGCGCGCGACCAGCAUGGGGACGACUCGGACGACUCAGCUGAUCCAAACGCGCAUUUUCCUGGCAUGACGAGUUUCCCUCUUGAUCCAACCAUUCACUCCAGUAUUCACAACGCUUUCGGUGGCCUUGGUGGUCUUGGCAAAAUUUCCGUGCCUUUUGAGACUGCUGCAAGCGAUCGAAGCCAGACGUCCAGUGUCGGUCCCGCCCGCGCUUUUCCUACCUUGCCUGGUCUCGGCGGUCUACCUGGCUUGGGAGGCUCUGCUGCAUGGCCUACCGGCCACCAUGGCAUUGGUACCCCAACCCGCGAACGUGGUUUGGGUGGGUUUGAUAACGGCUUUGGGACCGUGGGAGAGGCCCAGUCCCCUUCGCUACCAGGUCUGGCUAAUAGCUCCCUGUUCGCCCAUGGUCCAGUCGGCCGCACUAGUAGGCUGGGUUCGCUAUUUCCACCCUCGAUGCAAGAGCAGAUGCGUUCCAACGACCCAAACCGACCUCCAGGUGACGAACAUUCCGAACGACAGCACAGCAUGAGUGGCUCUUUUGGAAGGAAUGCUUUCGGUGCUCAGGCCCCAAACCGUGAAACUGACAGUCCUUUCCGCCCGAAUCGCAACCUCUUUGACGACUUUUCUAAUGCCCACCAUGACGACCAUAACCUGACCGGUCAGCAUCAGAACAUCGCCACCACUUCACUCUCCAUGGCCGCCCUUAACUCCACCCGGACCGCACAGCCAGGCACACCCGGUGUCGGAAGUCCGGCUUCUAGUCAGCCUCCAGUACCCCAGCAGCGUAUGAUGGUCAUGCCCGACAGAAUGAGGUGGAUUUAUCGUGACCCCUCAGGCAACGUUCAAGGCCCAUUUUCCGGUCUUGAGAUGCAUGAUUGGUACAAGGCUGGUUUUUUUUCGCCCGAGCUUUUGGUAAAGAAGCAGGAGGAGCCCGACUAUGAGCCCCUGGCCCAGCUGAUCCGCCGCAUUGGAAACUCGCGCGAGCCUUUCCUGGUCCCCCAGAUUGGUAUCCCACACGGACCUGCUACCUCUCAGCCCGGCAACUCUUGGGCGGGUGCAGCUCCCAGUACGACGACUGCUCCAGGUGCUCAGCCUCCGUUUGCGAACAGUUUCCCUAGCUUUGGAACUACUCUUACUGCGGACCAGCAAAAUGCUCUUGAGCGGAGGAAGCAGGAGGAGCAGUACCUCAUGGCUCGUCAAAAGGAACAUUUGGCUGCUCAGCAACAGGCUCUUCAUCGCCAAGUCCAAAUGGGUGUCAUACCCAAUCAACUAAACCACCACUCCAGCGCGCACAGCCUGCAAAGCCAACAGAGCUUCGGUAGCAUUACGUCACCGGCCGCGUAUCAGGCAUCUCCUAUUCAGGGCACCGCGCCUGGAUCGACUGUCUCAGGCCUCAUGGAUAACACCUUCAGAUCUGGUCCUGUUCCAGGGCUGGGCCCCGUUGGUCCGGGCAUGGACAUGUUGAACAACCGAGACAUGCCUGCUAUGAUGGAUCGUUUGAAUCUCGGCCGUAACAACCAGCCUCCGUUUGCUUUCGGACAACAGCAGGACCACGAUGCACACGCCCAAUAUGUGACCUCUGCAAUUGGCGAUCGAGCUCGCUUGAAGCGUGAACAAGCAGAACACGACGCUCGCUUUGGAAGCACCGAAGAUCUACAGGCAGCACAGACAUUCAGGGACCGUCUGACUGAGUUCCACGACUUGCGAGUACAGACAGACAUGGAGUCCUCCAAGGCUGCUCCACCACCAGAAGGAGUCAUUGGAAAGCCCUCGGGUUCGUCUGCUCAGCCCUCGCAGGAGCACUCUGAGCCCGCAUCACCCGAACAAGCCGAACAACAAGGCCAAUCUGAGCAGCAUGAGGAGACUUCUCCCAGUGUCCAAGAGUCGCUGUCACUCACCGAGCAGGUUCAGAAGGCUGCUUCAGCCAAGCACUCACCUCAACCUGCGACCGCAUGGAACAAGGUGGAGCCUGCCAUCUUCCCAUUCCCACCACCAUCGCAAUCCCCUCUUCCUGCACCAGCCGCUCAGAGGAAGCCUAUUGUUGCCGAGAACCUCAACACAGAAUCUCGCUCAGGUGCUGGAACUCCUGCCAAUGACACUCCAAGUGUCUCGGUCGCGCCCUGGGCCAAGGAGCCUGCCAACGCAUCUCACGGGCCUUCGCUGCGAGAGAUUCAAGAGAUGGAAGCAAAGAAGGCAGCAGAGCGCGAAGCCGCUGCAGCGGCAGCUCGCCGUGAGGCUUUUGAGAGGGAACUGCUCGCUCAGAACCAGUCUCCAGCAGUUCAGCCUGGCCUGCCUUCAACCGCAAACUGGGCAAGCGGCGCCUCACCUGUCACACCCAGCGCAGCCAGUGCUUCAGUUUGGACCAAGCCCGCUGCAAAGGUGGCAGCACAGCCAACCCCAAGUUCUAAGAAGACACUUUCGCAAAUCCAAAAGGAAGAGGAGGCGCGAAAGCAACGUGCUGCUGCUCAAGCUGUUGCUGCGGCCAACGCGUUUGGUGCCACCACUCCAGCACCUUCAGGCGGCAAGCGCUAUGCUGACCUAGCUGGUAAGAGUACUCCUACGCUAACUGCCGCUAUGCCUGCUGGUAGCACUGCGUGGACCACAGUGGGCGCAAGUGGCAAGGUCAAGGCACCAGGCGGCACUCCUACUCCUGGGCCUACUACUGUUCGCUCGGCCAGCUCAACCAUCGUGCCUCCGCUUGCCAAGAAGCCAACCGUCACCCGCAGCACCACAACCGGAGGACAGCCUGGCAAAAUCAACGCCGAAGAGGAGUUCCGCAAGUGGGCUGUCAACGAGCUCCGCCACGAUCUCAGCAAGAAUAUCAAUGCCGAAGACUUUGUCUCCUCCCUCCUCAGCUUCCCCGCCGACGCCGAACUCAUCACCGAAUCAGUCCACUCGGCAUCCAACACACUCGACUCCCGCCACUUUGCAGAGGAGUUCCUGCGUCGCCGCAAGCUAGCCGACAAGGGUAUCAUCGAUGAGCGCAACACGGCUUCCCCCGCUGAGAACAAGGCCGCUUCUAGUGGCUGGUCUGAAGUCGCCAAGAAGGGUGGGGCUAAUACUGCUGCGCAGCAGCAGCAACAACAAGCGCUUCAGUCGCCUCUUGAUUCGAGUAACUUCAAGGUUGUUGCUGCGAAGAAGAAGACUAAGCGGUAGAUUGGCUAGGUUAGGGGGUUGUAGCGUGUGUUUCGUCGUUGGGGUGUGGGUGUGGGAGGAAUGAUGGCUUGCUUGUAUAAUUCAUGUAUGAUUGUUGCUGUUUUUCACACACAAAGGCUUGGGGAAGAAAGACUCACAAGAGUGAGCUAAGCUGAGCAUGCAUGACAUUGGUAGCUAGGCGGAUUUCUUGUCGGCUGGCUUACAUGGCGAAACGUACGCGCAGUUGUAGCGAAAUCGAUUGAAUUCUUGACUCU